AUGGCAAGCCACACUGAAGGGGUCCAUGUCCGCCCGGACGGCCAAAAAGUCUUCGUGCCAUUGGAGAACAACCCAGAAGUCUUCACCGAGCUCAUCCACCGCCUCGGCGUCUCCCAAUCCCUCCGCUUCCACGACGUCUACUCCAUCACGGACCCAGACCUCCUCGCCUUCCUCCCCCGCCCCUGCCACGCCUUAAUCUUCAUCUCCCCCGGCGACGUCUACAACCGCGUGCACGGCCGCACGGAACCGCGGGAAAUCAUCCACGAUGGGACGGGUGACGACGAGCCUGUUGUGUGGUUUAAACAGACGAUCGGGAAUGCGUGCGGAUUGAUUGCUUUGCUGCACGCUGUCUCCAACGGGCCGGCGCGGGAGUUUAUUCAGUCAGGCUCGAUUCUGGAUGACUUGUUGAAGCAGGGGAUGCCGCUCAAGCCGGACGAGAGGGCGAAGGUGUUGUAUGAUUCUGUCGAGUUGGAGAGGGCGCAUAUGGCGUCUGCGGUCCGCGGGGACAGUCGAGCGCCGCCGGCGGAGGAGGACCCGGGGUAUCAUUUCCUUGCGUUUGUGAAGGGGAAGGAUGGGCACUUGUAUGAGUUGGAGGGGGGAUUUAAUGGGCCAGUGGAUUUGGGCGAGGUGAAGGAGGGGGACGAUUGUUUGAGUGAGCGGGCGUUGGCGCAGGGGGUGAGGAGGUUUGUGGAGAAGGCGGAGGGGAAUAUGGAGUUUAGUAUCAUUGCGCUGUGUGAGGAGGCAGUGGAUGAGUAG